GGAAUUCGUCUAGCGGAAAACGUAGCUGAGCGGACUGAAGUGGACAGGAGAGAAAAGCUGGAGCAGCCCCGAGCCUGCUACCAGGCCCGGGUAGUAGCAGCCGGCUGAGGAAGAGAGAGAGGCGUGUGAACUACUUUGCCCGCGCUCCACUGUAUUUGCUUGCAGUUAGGAAUCUGAAGUAAAUAGUAAAGCAUGAUGUCUUCGGUUUGGUCUGAAUAUACAAUUGGUGGGGUGAAGAUUACCUUUCCUUAUAAAGCAUACCCAUCACAGCUUGCUAUGAUGAAUUCUAUUGUCAGAGGAUUAAAUAGUAAGCAACAUUGUUUGUUGGAGAGCCCUACAGGAAGUGGGAAAAGCUUAGCCUUACUUUGUUCUGCUUUGGCAUGGCAACAGUCUCUUAGUGGGAAGCCAGUGGAUGAAAGCUUAAGUAAAAAACCUGAAGUACCACCAUCAUGUUGUUGUGCAUGCCAUUCAAAGAAUUUUACAAACAUUGACUUGAACCAAGGAACUUCACAUCAUUUCAACAGUCCAAGUACACCACCUUCUGAAAGAAAUGACACUUCAUCAACUUAUCAAGACUCUCCUGAAAAAACUACGCUGGCUGCAAAGCUAUCUGCCAAGAAACAGGCAUCCAUAAAAAGAGAUGAAAAUGAUGAUUUUCAAGUAGAGAAGAAAAGAAUUCGACCCUUAGAAACUACACAGCAGAUUAGAAAGCGUCAUUGUUUUGAAAAGGAGGUACAUCAUUUGGAUGCAAAAGUUGCUUCAGGCAAGACCACAAAACUCAACUCUCCAUUAGGAAAGAUAAAUUCCUUUUCUCCACAAAAUACCCCUGGUCACUGUUCCAGGUGUUGUUGUUCUACUAAACAAGGAAGCAGUCAAGAUUCCUCAAAUGCCACUAAGAAGGAUCAUGGGGGGAAAUCCAAGAUACCCAAAAUAUAUUUUGGGACACGCACACACAAACAGAUAGCUCAGAUUACUAGAGAACUCCGGAGGACAGCGUACUCAGGGGUCCCAAUGACUAUUCUCUCCAGCAGGGAUCAUACUUGCGUCCAUCCUGAAGUAGUAGGUAACUUCAACAGAAAUGAAAAGUGCAUGGAAUUGCUGGAUGGAAAAAAUGGCAAAUCCUGCUAUUUUUAUCAUGGUGUACAUAAAAUUAGUGAUCAACACACAUUACAAACUCUUCAAGGGAUGUGCAAAGCCUGGGAUAUAGAAGAACUUGUCAGCUUGGGGAAAAAACUAAAGGCAUGUCCGUAUUACACAGCACGAGAACUAAUAGAAGAUGCUCACAUAAUAUUUUGUCCUUACAACUAUCUUCUAGAUGCACAAAUAAGGGAAAGUAUGGAUAUCAAUCUCAAAGAACAGAUUGUCAUUUUAGAUGAAGCUCAUAACAUUGAAGAGUGUGCUCGGGAAUCAGCAAGUUACAGUGUAACAGAAGUUCAGCUUCGGUUUGCUCGAGAUGAACUAGAUAGUAUGGUCAACAAUAAUAUAAGGAAGAAAGACCAUGAACCCCUACGAGCUGUGUGCUAUAGCCUAAUUAAUUGGUUAGAAGCAAACACUGAACAUCUUGUGGAAAGGGAUUAUGAAUCAUCAUGUAAAAUAUGGAGUGGAAGUGAAAUGCUCUUAAAUUUACACAAAAUGGGCAUUACCACUGCUACUUUUCCAAUAUUGCAGGGACAUUUUUCUGCUGUUCUUCAAAAAGAAGAAAAAGUCUUACCAAUUCAUGGUAAAGAGGAGGCAAGAGUAGUACCGAUUAUUAGUGCAUCAACUCAAAUAAUGCUCAAAGGACUUUUUAUGGUGUUUGACUAUCUUUUUAGGCAAAAUAGCAGAUUUGCAGAUGAUUAUAAAGUUGCUAUUCAACAGACUUUUUCUUGGAUAAAUCAGAUUGAUACUUCAGAUAAAAAUGGAUUCUUUGCUCUGGCAAAAAAUAAGAAACAUUCAAGAAGGAAAACUGCAGUUCAUGUGCUAAACUUUUGGUGCUUAAAUCCAGCUGUGGCCUUUUCAGAUAUUAAUGGCAGAGUUUGGACAAUUGUUUUGACAUCUGGGACAUUAUCACCAAUGAAAUCCUUUUCAUCAGAACUUGGUGUUACAUUUACUAUCCAGCUGGAGGCUAAUCAUAUCAUUAAUAACUCACAGGUUUGGGUAGGCACCAUUGGGUCAGGCCCCAAGGGUCGGAAUCUCUGUGCUACCUUCCAGCACACAGAAACAUUUGAGUUCCAGGAUGAAGUGGGAGAACUUUUGUUAUCUGUGUGUCAUACUGUGCGCCAAGGAAUUUUGUGUUUCUUGCCAUCUUACAAGUUAUUAGAAAAGUUAAAAGAACGUUGGCUCUACACUGGUUUAUGGCAUAAUCUAGAGUUGGUGAAGACAGUCAUUGUAGAACCUCAAGGAGGAGGAAAAACUGAUUUUGAUGAAUUACUGCAGGUGUACUAUGAUGCAAUCAAGUACAAAGGCGAGAAAGAUGGAGCCCUCUUGGUAGCAGUUUGUCGUGGUAAAGUGAGCGAGGGUCUGGAUUUCUCAGAUGACAAUGCCCGUGCUGUCAUAACAAUAGGGAUUCCUUUUCCAAACGUGAAAGAUCUACAGGUUGAACUAAAGCGACAAUACAAUGAUCAACACUCAAAAUUGAGAGGUCUUUUACCUGGUCGUCAGUGGUAUGAAAUUCAAGCAUAUAGGGCCUUAAACCAGGCCCUAGGUAGGUGUAUUCGACACAAAAGUGAUUGGGGAGCUCUUAUUCUAGUGGAUGAUCGCUUCAGGAGUAAUCCCAGUCGAUAUAUAUCUGGACUUUCUAAAUGGGUACGGCAGCAGAUUCAGCACCAUUCAACUUUUGAGAGUGCACUGGAGUCCUUGGCUGAAUUUUCCAAAAAACACCAAAAGGUCAUUGAUGUAUCCAGAGAGGACAGAAAGUUUAUACAGGACAGUGAGUCUACACUUGAAGUGACCUGUUUGAAGGACAGUAGUUUAACUUACUUAUCAGAGGUGACAAGUCCUCUAGCACCAGAAAAUCCUAGGAAAGAUGAAGCAAAAGCGUGUGUCCAUGAACACCAGUGUCAUAAAAUAACUAAAAGUCCAUCUCUACCAAGAGGGAUCAUCUCUAGAAAGGAAAGAGAUGAUCCUGUAUUAUUUGAAGAGUCUCCCCAGGCAGUGAAAGCAGAAAAUACUGUGAUUUCCAGAUCUACAAGCCCAACCUUCAACAAACAGACAAAGAGAGCUAGCUGGUCUAGCUUUAAUUCUUUGGGACAUUAUCUUACUGAUGAAAUUAUAACUGCAGCUCCUCAGUUCAGGUUACCAGAAGACUGUGCCUCUAGUGUUUCCGCUUUUGAAACAGAAAAGGGAUGUAAAACAGUUAUUCCACUCACUGAUAAAUGUGAGCCCUCAGCUCUGAUGGUAAACGCAUCAUUUGGACCAUGCCCUCAGUCAGAAAUCACUAGUUCAUCAAUAAAGAUUGAUUCUACUCUUCUUAAAAGAAAUGAUUCCAAACAACUAUUCUGCUGUGAAGAAGCCCUGGAUCCGGACCCUGAAUUGUCUCCAGUUGGUGAAGAAGCUAAACUUUCCACCUCACAUAGAGCUUCUGAAACAGAAGCAGAGGAUGAAUCUAUCUAUUUUUCACCUGAGCUUUAUGACCCUAUGGAUACAAAUGAAGAAAAGAAUGAACUAGUUGAAAGUGAUAGAGACAAUAGAUUGGCUAAUCAUUCAAAUUGCAUUUUAGUUGAAGAUCUUUUUGAAAUUAAAACUAUGAAAGGAGUGGAUUCAGUCCAAGAAAUGAAAGCUGAGGAUUGCACAGACACAAAGUUGAAUUGACUCAUGCAUAUCACGGAAAGUAAAAUCCGUAAUAUUGGUAAUAAUGUAAAAACAACUCAUAAACAAAUUGGAACGGAGAAAACUUGUGAAACAGAUAGAAAGAACUUUAAACAGUCUCCUUCCAAAAAUAAAGGUGUGUUCCAUAGUGUUAGGUAGUAAUACUUAACUGUAACGCUAUAAAAAUAUGUUGUCAUGCUUAUAUUAAAUGCUUUCAUAAAUUACAAUUUCUACUUUGGAUAAAUGGUAUAGGGUUUUUUUUAAAUUUUAAAAAUAUCUUUCACUUUCUUUGGUAUUAGAGGUUUUUAGAAGUCUUUAUGUUCAAAAUGUAAGUUUUGUUGCUUUUGAGUUUUGAUAGAGUGAUUCAUACAAAAUAUUUUCCUUUAACAAGUUUUCUUUACCUAUAUACAAUUUAAAAUUAAUCUGAAAGAUACGUAGUUUCCUUUAAAUUUCACAUAAAUAUUUGUAUUUUGUAGUUCUUUUCAUUUAUUUUCAUACUGAUACAUAAAAAUGAAUAGCAGUCUAACCAGUCACACUUCAGGCAUGUUUCACUAUAUAUUUACCUUAAAUCAGUAUAUAAUUUUUAGAAAUCAAAGUUUUCUUAAAGAGUUUAUUCCUGCAUUAAACUGCCUAUUUGUAAGUAAUUAAGAAUUAAGAAGAAAACUGAUUUUUUUACAUUGUUUUACAUUUUUCUGUUUUUGAUGAACCAAAGUCAAGCACAUGUUAAGCAAAUUAUGUAAAGUUACAAAAUGCCAAAUGACUGACUCCAAAUUUUCAAUUAUAAUUACUUAGCUUCAUCAUCAUUGUGGAAAAAAGUGACAUGUCCUAGCAUGAAGGCUAUAAUUAUAAAACUAUCAGGAUAGAAAACUUUAUAUAUAAAUUUCAUAAGUAAGGGCGCCUGGGUGGCUCAGUGGGUGAAGCCUCUGCCUUCGGCUCAGGUCAUGAUCUCAAGGUCCUGAGAUCAAGCCCCACAUGGGGCUCUCUGCUCGGCAGGGAGC